GUUAAAAGCAUUGGCAAAUUAGAUUUUUUUGCUGCACGAACAAUGGAUCAUCGGUCUCGGCAUUUAAGCGGUAAAAGAAAAGAUAUCAAUAACACCAUCAUGCAGCUUUUCUCGCAAUUAAAUUUAAAUUCAAAUAUUCUGUCAAAGGUGGACAGAAAGCGUCGCGCUCAGCUGCGCAUGACCAUCACGAUUGCAAUCCAAUGUGUUUCGACAUUUUUUCUGGACGCAACACCACGAGCAAUUGGCAUUCUUGGCACGCUAAUACCAGCAAUCAGCCUAGGUAACACUGAAAGCCUAGUAACGGCAUUCCAAUAA